AUGGCUAAUUUACUGUCAAUACCAUUCAAAAAAGCUUAUCCAAUCGAAAUCAAACAGGCUACCAGAGCAUAUUUAUCAAACCAGGGAGGCGCCCACCCAGACCAAUUCAAGGAAGAUAUCAAAUCAUGGCAAGAUCUCAGAAGGGAUGGAGUAGGUGGCGUCGUGCAUGAAAAUCGGGUCGGGGAUUCUCUCUUGUACCACGCACAGCUUAUAUCCAUUUUGACCAAGUUACCAACGGAUAUGCAACUCGCAAUUUCAUAUGCUCCUGCUUUCACUCCAUCCUCCAUUCCGGUCACCUUGAAUAAUCUUGUUUUCGAACGCGCGUGCCUGUUAUUCAACCUAGCUGCUCUUUAUUCUCAGCUAGGCAGCGCCCAAGAUCGAUCAAACAAUGACGGUAUAAAGGGCGCUGCCGCGAAUUACCAGCAAGCAGCCGGGACCUUACUCUACCUCCACUCCGUUGUCCUUCCAAAACUUACCUAUUCUCCAAGCGAUGAAGAAAUCGCUCUUGACCUUUCCACUGAUUUCGUAAAGGGCUUGGAGUGGCUUAUGCUUGCUCAGGCACAAGAGUGUUCAUGGCAAAUGGCCAAACUCAAUCAGUACAAGAACUCGGUCAUAGCAAAAAUUGCAUCUACGGCUGCAUCUUUAUAUCGUUCUGCAUCGUCUGCAUUCCGAAAUGCACCAUCUGAAAUCAGAGCGCUGCUUCCUUCAGACUGGAUACCUCAUAUCGAGACCAAAGAGCACCAUUUCUCAUCUGUCGCGGAAUACAGGGAAAGCCUCGUUGAAUAUGAAGCUCGUAGAUAUGGAAAUGAACUAGGGCGAUUGGCGAAAGCUCAUAUCGAAGCCAAACAAGCUUACGAUGUUGGUCGACGUGGGAAGGUUGCAUCGACAGUCCUUCAAGAUGCACAGUCUCUUCUAGAAACUGUUAAGAAGAGUGAAGCCCGAGCCCAACGCGACAAUGAUCUCAUUUAUCACCAAGAUGUCCCAUCUCCAUCUGCACUUCCACCAAUCCAGGAAGCCAAACUUGUAAAUUCUACUAUCCCUAAAGGACUUCAAAAUCCAAGUGGUAUUCUUGGCACGCGACAUCAACUGUUCAGUAACCUUGCAGGAUGGGGUUCCCGCGAGGCGAUCAGUAUAUACAAAGACAGAAAACAAAAUCUUAUAAAGGAUCAAAUAUUCGACGUGGCACAGGAACUUCAAGAUCAGAUUGAUGAAGAGCUUCGGAGAUUAAACCUUCCAUCAGCUUUGGAAGCCCUUGAGCGACCAAUUGGGCUUCCCCCAAGUCUCCUUCGGAAGGCAGAAGAAGUGAGAUUAGAAGAUGGGCCAGCAAAGAUAGAGGCAUCUAUUGAAGACGUUCAAAGACUCGCACGUCAAGAUUUGGCUAUUCUCGAAGAGGCGCUGGAUAUUUUAGACACUGAGGCUUCCGAAGAUGAAGCCGCCAGAAAAGAGGUCCCACUGAACCGCUUGAAGUCAUACGAGGCGAAUGUUGAACUUAUAGAAAAGUCGAAGAGAUAUAGAAGCAUUCUAACUCAAGCUGCGGAGAGCGAUGAAACCGUCCGGCAGAAAUGGGAUGAAUGGGAGGAAAACAUAUGUGAAUUGACGCUUGACGAGGAAAUUCUUGAAGCCGCUAUUCCAUCAUCUACCAUUUCUUCGGCUGCACAAACAACGCCACAAGGACAAGUAACUCGAACCCAUGCCCGCGCUUUGCGUGUGAAGCUUGAAGAACUUGAUACACUGCGUCAAGAUCGAGAUCAAAUUCUGCAUCGGGCGCAGACUCUGGCUGAUGGUGAUGAUAUUCAAGGACGUAUAAUGCAAGCCGCUGCUGGGUUUGAACGUAUGGCAGAGGUUACGCCGGAUAUGUUUGAGGAUAUUUUGGAUGAAGAGCUUGCUAAAUAUGAUCGAUUUAUUGUGGAGAUGAAAGAAAUUCGGAGGAAACAAGAUGAAAUGAUCACGGAGAUCAAGAAUCUAAACACACAAUUUCUAGAUUCGAGAAAAGAUGACCCCAGUGUCAAAGAGCGCGAAAUCGCUUUGCAAUCCCUUGACAUGGCCUAUUCUAAAUAUAGAGAGAUAACUCGGAACUUGGAGGAGGGAUUCCAAUUCUACAAUGAUCUUGCUGCGAUACUCAUCCAAUUCAAAGAAGUGUGUAAAGCAUGGUGUCACCAUCGUAAUCAGGAGAUUCAUGCGUUCACGCGUGCGAUGCAAUCGAUGUCCAUAAAGGACGAUAAACCCCCGGAAGAAGUAUCCUCUGCGAAACCAAAACCAACUCCAACUAUGAAGAAAGCACCUGUGGUUCAAAAUACCUCUACACGAAAGGCUCCCUUGGGGAAGUCUUCAUUGGGUUUACCUGCUAUCAAUUCGAGUGAAUGGGACUUUGAGGAGCUCCCCCUUCCUCCUGGACCUGGAGAAAGAAGUCACGACUCCUCUUCCUCUUCUUCCUCAAAUUCAUCGUCUAAUUCGGACUCGUCGCACAAGAACUAUAAGAAAAUGGAUAUGCCUGGUGUUCCUCCCAGAUUUCCUGAGGCUAAUCGCGAGCACGCUGGCGCACCUCCUCCUUAUGCUGGCAACCCUGCACCCCCACCCUCCGGAUACAGACUUCCUCUAACAACAUCUGCAGCUUUUCCAGAUCACUAUCAAACUGGACAGCCACCCUUUUACGACGCCGAUGGGACAUCUCCGAUUUUCAUUGGAUCAGCCUUGUUUGAAAAAUCAGUUCAUCCAUGCAAAAUCGGACCUCAUCUUCAACCGUUUGCUUCAGUACCCUAUGGUGGAGGAGAGCACGGACACCAUGGACGAUACGAUCUCCUUCCAUUUAGGCCGGACCAAAUGGAAUUCGUGCAUACCUCUCACGGCAGGAUUCCUCCAGGAAGACGACCAGUCGAAGGAGGAUACGAAGAGGGUGGUGAAAGACUUUAUCAUGCUGUUGGGAUGGUUAAUGGCGUGAAGGUUCCAGGAAAAGCUGGAGAACAUCUGAAUGGCUGCCGACUGGCGUUCGGUGGAGUUGAAUACUCUUUGGAGGAUAAUUAUGAGAUAUUGUAA